CACCUGUCCCCCCUAACCGCAACUCUUCCUUCUUCUUCUUCUUCUUCUUCACCUCACCUCUCUUCAACACUCCCCACAAACCCCUUUCUUCUUCUUCAUCACUCUCUCUUCAUCUCAAAAUUCAAUGGCCGAACGACACGCCACCCACCAGCGGCCUUCCCGACUCAACCCGCCCCUCAACGGCAACUCCUUCCUCCGUAAACUCCAAGCCCACGCGCCCAACUCCACCCAACUCAUCGGCUUUCUAGCCCUUUUCAUUUCCGGUUCCAUUCUCCUCCUCCUCAUUGGCUUAACUGUCACUGCCACCAUUCUCGGACUCAUCUUCUUCGCGCCUUUGCUCAUCAUUUCCAGCCCUAUUUGGGUCCCCAUAGGCACCAUUUUGUUCCUCACCGUUGCCGGGUUCUUGUCGGUUUGCGGGUUCGGAGUGGCCGUCGUGGCCGGGUUGUCGUGGAUGUACAGGUACUUCCGGGGGCUCCAUCCUCCCGGUUCGGACAGGUUCGACUACGCGAGGAGCCGGAUUUAUGACACUGCGAGUCACGUGAAGGAUUACGCCAGAGAGUAUGGCGGGUAUUUGCAAAGUAAGGUGAAGGACGCUGCUCCUGGCGCUUGAGGGUAGAUCGGCGGGCUCACCUGUGUUGAACCGGGUUUUGCUUUGUUAUUUGGGUGAUAUUAAUUAUUAUUAAGGGUAUUUUUGUUUUUGUCUUCUUGUGUUUUUGGUUUUGGGUUUAAUGAAAAUAUAGACCUCUCAAUUUUGCAUGAAA